AUGUACACUGCGCACCGACCUUCAGGUUUGUGCGGCUGGUGUGUCUUUUUUUGCCGGUGUCUCCCUCCUGUCCUUGCGGUAGGGCUAAUUUUGGCCAAUGUCAUUCCGUACUAUGUGCUGUUUCUUCCACGCCUUCACAAGACGUACAUGAAGGGCGAAAUUUCCUGGAUCUACUGUGCUUACUGCCAUGUUGUCAUGUUGGUUGCGGAGGUGUUGGUGUUUGUCAAUUUUUUUUUAGCCAUAAGCACAUCACCGGGAUACGUGGAGCGGGUGCCUUGGGCCAACAUGCCCGUGUUUAAGGGCCGCGUCAACAGCGACAACAUGAAUGAGGUGCACCGGGUUGGGAUUGAUGGCAAAUUGCGCUACUGCAGCAAGUGUGAGAUAUACAAGCCAGACACUGCGCACCAUUGUCGUACUUGCCGUCGCUGCGUCUACCACAUGGAUCACCACUGCCCUUGGAUAAACAACUGCGUUGGCCGAGACAAUGCAAAGUUUUUUAUGCUCUUCCUCGCCUACAUCCCACUGGGUGGGUUGCAUAUUGGCGCCACGACGGCGUACAGCUGCGCGUACCACUUCGAUGUCUAUCAGUCCUCCGAGUUGCUUUCAACGAGCGCCCUCAUUUUUUCAGCGGUUUUCUCGCUGGUAAUGGGUAUCUCCUUUCUUAUGUUUGCGGCACAUUUCCUUUGGAUGAUGCUUCACGGCGAAACUACCAUUGGAAAUAUGGUGUACCGCAGGGCGGGCGACGAGCGAUACCUGAAAGAGGAGCGGGAACGAUACCUGAAGGACAUCUUUGGCGAGGACCACCGUUGGUGGCGUUUGAUUUGCCCUUUUCGUGCUGCGCGCCCCUCACACAAGGCUUCGCUGCAAGGGUUGCUGUAA